UGUAAACACGGAAACCAUUUUACAGUUCUUUUAUAAAAUAACUAAUGAAAGAGGAACGAAAACCGUGUUUACAUACGCUCAUGUAAAAUGGUUUUGAUGGCCAAUCAGAGCGCGCGUACUAUUAGAAUUAUUUUAUAACGAGAAAUAUUUUAGCUAAUAGGUCAUAAAUGUACCCCCCGUGCCGACUUUGUGCUUAAACAAGUGAUACUGGUUAUGGUUUGGAUGUUUGAGAGCGAGUUGCUAUUAUUUUCGGAAGAUAGUGUGUGUACCAUACGUUAAACUUAACAACGCUAUUUUUACGUCUGUUUAGUGACGUCACAACUCCCUCUGCGAUACAUGAAACUGACCGCCUAAAAGCGCAACUAAUGUAUUACAGUUCCUUUGUUAUCUGAAAUAACAUUAGAGUUUCGAUGGCGAUUGCGAUGGCGAGAAGAAAAUUCCCUACUUUCGCUCUAUUUACGAUCGGACUUGUUUUAUCAAGUGAUGUCUCAUUUCGCGGAUUCUUUGUCGAAGGCGCUGUCAAUGUUAGCGAGAAGCGUUUGAUUCAACAAAUCGCGAAGAACAUAAAUCCGAACGUCAGACCCGUAUUAAACCCGUCUGAGGCAGUAAAUAUUACUUUGGACAUAACUUUUCACGGUGUGAUCGAAAUGGCCGAAAAAUAUCAAAUUCUCACUAGUAGUGUUUGGGUACGGCAGAGAUGGAUAAACCAACUGAUCAGGUGGAAUACCAGCGAAUACGGUGGACUCGAAGAAAUAUCUAUUGAUUCUUCCCUCUUGUGGAAGCCGGACAUUGUUCUUUAUAACAAUGUUUUUGAAGAAUUUGGCGGUAGAAUGGAUAACGCGAAAACUCGAAUUCGAGUAAACAGCACGGGUCAUUGUUACUGGGCAGCGCCUUUCAUCUUCAAAACUUCGUGUCAUUUUAACGUAAGAGAUUUUCCUUUCGAUGAGCAGCAGUGUAAACUCAAGUUUGGCUCUUGGAAUCUCCACAAGGGACUACUCGAUUUAGUUCCCAAGCGGAAUUUGGCACCAGUGGCAAAGGAAAAAGUCGAGAAUGGGGAGUGGAAUGUAAUAUCCAUCCAGAUCAAGCGGAGCGAAGAUGAAUAUGCGUGUUGCCCAGAUGAGAAAUACACUGACGUUACAUUUUAUAUCAACCUCAAGCGGCGCUCUUUGUUUUACACCUACAAUCUGAUCAUACCUAACUUUCUCAUAGCUCUACUUGCCUUCUUUUCGUUCUACAUCCCAGUGGAGUGUGGCGAGAGAAUAUCAUUCGUGAUCACCGUCUUACUGAGCAUGACCGUAUUUCUGCUGUUGGUUGCAGAGAGCAUUCCUCCCACUUCUGAGGCAGUGCCAGUCAUUGGAAUGUACUAUACUUGCUCGAUCAUUGAAGUCGCCUUAGCACUUGUUGCAACUGGCAUCAGUUUAAAGAUGUACUACAGUUAUUUGUACGGAAAAGGCUUAUCACCUCGGUUACGAAGAUUCCUUUUUUGUCGUUUGGCACCAUUACUGUGGGUUGACACGGAAAUUGUCAACGAGGCCAAACUUGCAAAAAACAAAUCGUGCUUCCUGUUUAAAUGUCUCAAAAGGCCUAAGUCAAGCGUUCCACGGGAUAGUGUCAUCUCGAUGUACAAUGUUAUAGAGAACAAAGCGAAUCAGCCUAACGGAGUAGCGACGACAGCGAAAAACGAAGCAAAUUUGCUUGCUGUUGAUGCUCAGACUUCAGCUGAAACCGAUAUCACCCUUUUAGAGACACAAAAAAAUUUAUCUGACCAAGAGAUAAGACAGAGAGUCAAAAAAACGUCUACGGGACCCGAACCGCAGCACGCAGUCUCUUCGACACUGAAGGGGUACAAGGACAUCGACUUCCAUGCGACAGAAAGUAGGAUUGCUGCGGCCAUAGUGGAUCGAGCUUUCAUGGUGUUGUUUAUUUUAGUGUUUUUCGCGUCGACACUCAUCAUUUUACUCUUGCCAUUCAUCAGGAAAGGAUGAUCUCAAGUCAAGGCUCAAAUAUGAACUAAAACGCUCUCGGGUCGCGAAGUUGUCUUCUUUUGUUUGUCUGAUGAAUGGAAAAAGUGGUCACGCACCAACAUCUGUCACGUGAGCAAGCAAGCUUCAAUGUUAUAACUAUGCAGCUUUUCGCGUGACAUAAAUUACGUUGAAGAUGUAAAGUAAGAAGGAAGAAUUGCCAUCAAGAAUGUCUUCUGGACGGAAAGUUUGAUGCAAACUUGCAUAAAAACAACCGUUGCCCUGCUUUUGGUUUAGCCAUAAGACGAGGAUUGUAACAGUUUUAUCCUCGAGUUGGUUGGUUACUGUUCGCGUGGUUCAAAGUAAUAAUUUUUCUAAAACAAUUUGGCAAAAUUCUUUUAAUGUGACUUUCAUUUGACGAGUUUGCAAAUAAAAUUUUAUUCUGUGGUCCAUACCUUUUUUUAUGGAACAUUUUUGAGAUUAUAUACACUUGCGACUAUUGAUUUGUAUCAAAGAGAUUUUACUUCAUCUUG